AUGACGGCUUUCUUCAAGCUCUGCCUGAUGUUUUUGCUGGUGUAUGCCACCCUCUCUGCCAAGACUGACCCAUCCUCCAACACCACAGUCUCCACAUCCAUACAUCCCGACCGACCUUCACCCAGACCCAGACCCUCGGCAGACACCAUCCGCCGCUACAGGAAGUUCAUCAACCAACACGUUGACCAGAACAUGGUCGCAAAGAGGUGCAACGAUGAGAUCAACUGUAGAAAAAUCUCUGUCUCUGAUGAUAAUAAGGAGUGCAAAGAGGCAAACACCUUCAUUCUAGCAACCACCAAUCACAUUAAUGUAGUUUGUAACAAGGCAGGAACACCAUACAAAGGACGGGCAAAUCUGAGAAAAAGCAACCAACCCUUCUGGGUUGUCAACUGCAAGGCGGAUGUUCAGGGCAGACGCUUGCCGAGGUGCUCUUACAAGGGUGGGACAGCUAGAGUGUAUGUUGUCCUUGACUGUGCGGAGGGCUAUCCUGUGCAUUAUGAAACAGGAGUACCUGCAAAUUAG